AUGGCGGUGGUGGAGACCAAGGUCAUCUACCAUCCGGACGACCAGAAGACGCCGUACCUGGUGAACCUGCCCAUCCCGGCCGAGCUGGUGAUGCUGGGCGACUUCAAGGCGCUCCUCAACUGGUCCAACUACAAGUUCUACUUCAAGUCUAUGGACGAUGAUUUCGGGGAAGAAUCUGAUGAUCUUUGGCAGAUUCCACCGCACAAAAGACGGUGUGGUCUUUCUGUUAUCCUGCCAUGUGGCUAUGCAACAGUAGAGACCAUGCUUGAAUUUGUACACAGUGCUUUUAUUAUCAUCGUGGAGCGUGGUGCUUACUAUAAAGGAACUCCUGAGAUGUCGUCUGGAGGUGGCUUUUCAGCAAAGAAAAACGCAAAGUCCUGCAAGAGGCUGAAAACAGUAAAGCGCCAUGCCAGCAUCUACACCUACCAGGAGCCGCCCCACAGCAACUCGGAUGAAGAUAAUGGGGAUGAGAAGGUUGACAGCAAUGACCCAGAACAGAUCUUCCAGAACAUACAGUUUCAGAAGGAGAUCAUGGCCAACAUCCGUUGCAGACCCUGGCCUAUGAGGCAAAAACUAAGGGCACUAAGACAAGCUAAAGAGAUUGUCUUGAAGUAUGAAGGUCGGCUGACUCGGACAAGAGGCUACCAGGCUGCCGGAGCAGAGCUGUGGCGAAAAUUUGUUCGGCUCGCAUAUAACUUUAUGGUCAUCUUUAUUCCAUGGGAAAUGAGAAUCAAGAAAAUAGAAAGUCAUUUUGGCUCUGGAGUUGCCUCUUACUUUAUCUUUUUGAGAUGGCUCUUUGGAAUCAAUAUUGUUCUCACCAUCAUGACAGGAACAUUUGUUGUUUUACCAGAGAUCCUGGCUGGAGAGCCCUUUGGAAGUACUCCCAGCAAGAGCAUCCCUGAAGGGCAAGAAUCAUCUGCCCAGGAUCUGGAUACCAUCUGGUCUUUAGGGGGAUACCUCCAAUACUCGGUUUUAUUUUAUGGCUACUAUGGACAGGCUAGGAAGAUUGGGACAGCUGGCUAUCGAUUACCCCUUGCUUACUUCCUCGUUGGGAUGGCAGUCUUUGCUUACAGCUUCAUCAUCCUCUUAAAGAAGAUGGCCAAAAAUUCAAGAUUGAGCCUAGCAAGCGCGUCUGACGAGAACUAUACGUUUUGUUGGCGGGUCUUCUGUGCCUGGGAUUAUCUCAUUGGCAACCCUGAGGCCGCAGAGAGCAAAUCAGCUGCCAUAGUCAACAGCAUCAGGGAAGCUAUACUGGAAGAACAAGAGAAGAAGAAAAGCACAAACCUGGCCGUGACAAUCAGCUUAAGGAUCAUCGCCAACAUCCUCGUCCUCCUCUCACUCGCCGGAAGCAUUUACAUUAUUUACUUUGUGGUGGAUCGAUCCCAGAAGUUAGAGCGAACGAAAAAGGAGCUGACGCUCUGGGAGAAGAACGAGGUAAGUGUUGUCGUCUCACUCAUCACAAUGCUCGCACCUUCUGCCUUCGAGUUGAUAGCUGCACUGGAGAUGUACCACCCUCGAACCACCUUACGCUUUCAGCUUGCCAGAGUUCUCGUCUUGUAUCUGGGAAAUCUGUACAGUUUAAUCAUUGCGCUUCUGGACAAAGUGGACAGCAUGAGCAUCGCUGAAUCUGAAGUUCUCAACAAUGGAAGCACCACAGUGGACACUACCACCUUCUUAGCCACUAAAACCUUUCUGGAAUACAACUUUUCAACAACCAUUCCCAAUGUGCAUGUUCUGAGGAAUGGCACCUUCCUUCUAACUGAGAAUCACACUCAAAGCUAUGCCCUACCCAUCAACCUGGUGACCAACAAGACAACACCUUCUGAAUCCAACACUCAAAGUCACCAAGAUCAAUGCUGGGAGACCUAUGUUGGUCAAGAAAUGUUGAAGCUAUCUAUCAUUGACAUGCUGUUCACCGUGGCAAGCAUCCUGUUGAUUGACUUCUUCCGCGGGCUUUUUGUCCGAUACUUAAGUGACUGUUGGUGCUGGGAUUUGGAAAGCAAAUUUCCAGAAUAUGGAGAAUUCAAAAUAGCAGAAAAUGUCUUGCAUUUGGUCUACAAUCAAGGGAUGAUAUGGAUGGGAGCUUUCUUUUCACCUUGCCUCCCAGCUUUUAAUGUUCUUAAGCUGAUAGGGCUGAUGUACCUGCGGAGCUGGGCCGUGUUGACAUGCAAUGUCCCUCAUCAGCAAGUCUUCAGAGCCUCAAGAUCUAAUAACUUCUACUUGGCUAUGCUGCUCUUCAUGCUGUUUUUGUGUAUGCUUCCAACCAUCUUUGCUAUUGCCCGCUAUAAGCCAUCCCUCACCUGCGGCCCUUUCAGCGGGCAAGAAAAAAUAUAUGACAUUGUGUCCGAAACCAUCCAAGCUGACUUUCCUGUCUGGUUCCAUAAGGUGAUGAUUUACGUGAGCAGUCCCGUUGUCGUCCUUCCAGCUUUAUUACUCCUCUUCAUGCUAAUUUAUUAUCUGCAGAGUAUUGCAAGGUCAUUAAAAUUCACUAACAAUCAACUGAGGAUGCAGAUCCAGAAUGAAAGAACCGAAGACAAGAAAAAAGUGGUUCAAAUGGCAGCAGCCAGAAUACAAACUAUUGAAGGAAAUGACAAAAGGCCAGAGCAGGAGAACGACAUCAUCAGCCAAGAGUCUUCAGCUCGGUCUUCAACACCAAGGAAGAAUGGCAGCGUCGUGAAUUUUGAGUCUCCCAAAGGCAGGCGGAUACAGACCAUCUCUCAGUCUGUACCUCAGCCUGAAGUAGCCAAGCCAGUCAGCCCACUGCCGGCAAAUGCUACUCCAGCAGCUCCGAUGCCCCUAGGAACUCCAGUCCUCGGAACGACUCCAGUGCCCAUCAUUCCAACAACACCGGCCACUCCAACGCCUUCUCUACCCAAGAUACAGAAGCCUAAAGCAGAACCCAUUCCCAACAGAUACCCAAGUACAGUUCAUGGUAGCGCAAGUGAACUCUGCAAAGCCAAGGCUUACACCCCCGUGAAGUUCAAGAAGCGCGUCGAAGAUGUUCAUUCAGAACCUCUGUUCAGGAAGAGCCAUCAUCAAAGUAAGCUGGAAGCUCACGCCGCUGUCGGCGCUCCCUCUUUCGUGGGCCACAGGACUCACACGGCAAGGUACUUUAUCGUCAAUGAGCAUGAGCCCCGGAAAAAACUCCUCCGCUCCACAACACGGCUGCCGAGGAAUUUCCAAAGAGACGAGUCGGGUGAUAUAGUUGAGCUGUAUCCAAGGAACUUCCGAAGGUACGUGGUUCGGACACCACACAGGGUGUACUCGCCUCAUUUCACUGAAGAGGAGGAAGAGGAGGAGUUAAGGAGAGGCAUGGCCAAUAGAUCCCACCGCCCGCGGUCACUCUCUGAUCUCCGGGCAGCACCCCGCUUCUACAUUGGUGAGUGUGCUGACAGCCGAAUUCUUACCAGCAAGCCCCUGGCUAAAAUGCACUACAAAUCUUGGGAGGAUGGCUUUGGGCUAGCGUUCGACAGGCCCCCGCAUGCCCACAGGAAGAUUCACGUGAAGAACAUUGAACUGGACCAACGCUACCCAGAACACCACAUGAAGGCAAAAUCCAAGCACAAGCCUGAACCAUCCCCCACCGAGUCCGAGUCCCUUUCUGCUGGUUCUAGCAGUGACCAGCCAACCAGUGGCAACGAUCAGUACAUCCAAGUCAUCCACAGCAAAGAGAAGUAUCUGAAAUCUGGAGCAAAGCUAACCAGGAAGAAAUCCAAGACUGGUGUUGACUUAAACAUGGCUGAGGCUAAUGAACUUAUAUGCUCAAAUGUGUAG